AGGACGAGGUGGCGCGGCGAUCGCGGGAGAACGCGGUGCCCUGCCAGUCCCGCGGGGGACCCCUCCUCAUUUCCCCCUGCCUUCCGGGGGCCGCCCGGGCUCGUAUCCAGAGGCGCAACCCCGGACCGGCCGCGCGUCCGCCUCCCCUGCCCUGGCCGGGGGCUGGGGGCCAGCUCGGCGCGCGGCGGGAGUGGGCGGCGGGCGCGGGCCCGCGAGGAUAUCUUCUCGGUCUCUGGCAGCCGCGCUUCCCCUUUGAUGUUUUGGUACGCCGUGCGCAUGCGCCUCGCAUUAGAAUUACUGCACUGGGCAGACUAAGUUGGAUCUCCUCUCUUCAGUGAAACCCUCAAUCCCAUCAAAAACUAAAGGGAUGUGGAGAGUCCGGAAAAGAAGCUACUUUGGGAUUUGGUCAUUCCCCUUAAUCAUCGCCGCUGUCUGUGCGCAGAGUGUCAAUGACCCUAGUAAUAUGUCGCUGGUUAAAGAGACGGUGGAUAGACUCCUGAAAGGCUAUGACAUUCGUCUGAGACCAGAUUUUGGAGGUCCUCCCGUGGCUGUGGGAAUGAAUAUAGACAUUGCUAGCAUCGAUAUGGUUUCUGAAGUAAAUAUGGAUUAUACCUUGACAAUGUACUUUCAGCAAGCCUGGAGAGAUAAGAGGCUGUCCUAUAAUGUAAUACCUUUAAACUUGACUCUGGACAACAGAGUGGCAGACCAGCUCUGGGUGCCCGAUACCUACUUCCUGAAUGAUAAGAAGUCAUUUGUGCACGGAGUGACCGUUAAGAACCGCAUGAUCCGCCUGCAUCCUGAUGGCACGGUCCUCUAUGGACUCAGAAUCACAACUACAGCUGCCUGCAUGAUGGACCUAAGGCGGUACCCACUGGAUGAACAAAACUGCACCUUGGAAAUCGAAAGCUAUGGAUAUACAACUGAUGACAUUGAGUUUUACUGGCGUGGGGAUGAUAAUGCAGUGACAGGAGUGAAAAAGAUUGAACUUCCACAGUUCUCUAUCGUAGAUUACAAACUUAUCACCAAGAAGGUCGUUUUUUCCACAGGUUCCUAUCCCAGGUUGUCCCUCAGCUUUAAGCUUAAAAGAAACAUUGGCUACUUUAUCCUGCAAACGUACAUGCCUUCCAUCCUGAUUACCAUCCUCUCCUGGGUCUCCUUCUGGAUUAAUUACGAUGCUUCCGCUGCAAGAGUGGCAUUAGGAAUCACAACUGUCCUGACAAUGACCACAAUCAAUACCCACCUCCGGGAAACUCUUCCUAAAAUCCCGUAUGUGAAGGCCAUUGACAUGUACCUGAUGGGGUGCUUUGUCUUCGUUUUCAUGGCCCUUCUGGAAUAUGCUUUGGUCAACUACAUCUUCUUUGGGAGGGGCCCCCAGCGCCAAAAGAAAGCAGCUGAGAAGGCUGCUAGUGCCAACAAUGAGAAAAUGCGCCUGGAUGUCAACAAGAUGGACCCCCAUGAGAACAUCUUACUGAGCACUCUCGAGAUAAAAAACGAAAUGGCCACAUCGGAGGCUGUGAUGGGACUUGGAGACCCCAGGAGCACCAUGCUGGCUUACGAUGCCUCCAGCAUUCAGUACCGGAAAGCCGGAUUGCCCAGGCAUAGUUUUGGCAGAAAUGCUCUGGAACGACAUGUGGCACAAAAGAAAAGUCGCCUGAGGAGACGUGCUUCCCAGCUGAAAAUCACCAUCCCCGACUUGACUGAUGUGAAUGCCAUAGAUCGGUGGUCCCGCAUAUUCUUCCCAGUGGUUUUUUCCUUCUUCAACAUCGUCUAUUGGCUUUAUUAUGUGAACUAAGACAUAGCCUCCCAUGGGAAGCAAAGACUAGAUUCCUCCUCAAACCAGUUGUACAGCCUGAUGUAGGACUUGGAAAACACAUCAAUUCAGGACAAAAGUGAUGCUAAAAUACCUUAGUUGCUGGCCUAUCCUGUGGUCCAUUUCAUACCAUUUGGGUUGCUUCUGCUAAGUAACGAAUACGCUAAGGUCCUUGUGGUUUUCCAGAGAAAGUGCAAGUGAUUUGUACACAUGCUGGCAAGACUCAGUCUGAGUGUUCGACUUUACCUGUUUAGCAUGCAGCCUACUCAGAGAGGAAUUACUUAGAAGACAUUCGUAGGAGGCUCAAUAGCAUUGUCAGUCAUUGCCCUGAGAAGUGGUUGUAUCCAGAUAUCCAUCUUCAUUUCUACAGUUGGCAUGCUGUUGAGAUGGCACUGUGCUUAUGAACAUCAUCUGCAGUGCCAUGCAAACAUGUUACUUGAAGAUGAUCUAUGCCUGUCUUAUGAAGGUGAUAAUGGUGUCAUGGGAAGAUGAUUCCCACUGCAUUCUAGAAGAUUCUCAUUUAGUUGGAGCAGGAUAAGGAGAGUCAAGACA